AUGAAGGCCCUAUUAAUCCGUUUCGGUGAUGCCAUCCACUGGUAUCCAAAAGGCAUAACCCAUGAAGAGAAGGUUCUUAUAUUCAAAAUAGACUCCCUUGUGCUUGUUUAUGCCUGUCUCUCUUUCUUCGCCAAAUAUCUAGAUAUUACUGCUCUCAUCGAAACUGGAUAUUGUAUCUUCCAGAUUCCCAGCAACAUUCUUAUCACGAAAUACCCAUCUCAAUAUUAUCUUCCCGCCAUCGAAAUAUUCUGGGGCAUCUUCACACUCGGCACUGCCUUUGUGAAAACCUACAAUCAGCUCAUUGUCAUGAGAUUUUUUGUCGGUCUCAGUGCCACGUCUUGUUACGUAGGGCUGGUGCACAUUGUUAACUCAUGGUACCGCAAAGGAGAAUUGGGUAGAAGAAAUGCUCUUUUUUGGAUUGCAAACCCAAUCGGCCAGAUGAUUAGUGGUUAUUUGCAGGCUGCGGCAUAUACGAAUUUGAGUGGUGUUGGGGGACUUGCGGGUUGGAGUGGUUUUGCUUUCUUCCCUGAUAUCCCGGAGCGCACGAAAUCCAAAUUCCUGACAGAAGAUGAAAAGAAACUAGCCGUCAGACGACUAGAAGAAGAAGGCUUCAAACCAUCAACUGGUAUUAAUCGCAGUCUCAUCAAGCGGAUAUUCAAAUCAUGGGAAUUCGGUGCUUUCGUGCUCUGUUUAGUUCUCCUCUGUAACGCCAUCUACGGACUUGGAACCCCAUUUAUCUUAUGGCUAAAGUCGCAACCAGAAAAAUACUCCAUCCCGCUUGUCAAUGAUAUCGGCACUAUUACAAACGCUGUUGCUGCCUUCUCUGCAAUCGCCAACUGCUACUAUUCAGACUUGCGCGGAAAUCGGUGGGAGCCAAUUAUAUUUUCUGCCUCACUGGCCGCAUUUGCGAACUUACUUCUUGUCAUCUGGGACAUUCCAAACGGGUUGAAAUUUUUUGCGUUCAUUGCUAUUGGUUGGGCUGAGGGCGUGCUCCCCGUGCUUAUCACUUGGACUGCAGAGGCUCUGUCGCAUGAUCUCGAAGUUCGUGCCAUCUCACUGGCUACUUAUAACACAAUAGGCGAGAUCACCAGCUUGGUUGUCCCCUUGGUAGCUUGGCCUGUUUCCAAGGGUCCACGUUUCCUCGGCGGAUAUAUUUGGGCCUUUAUCAUCAGCAUAUUGUACUUAACCAACGUCAUCGCAAUAAUAGCGAUCGAGAGACGGCACAGAGGAAAGAAGCAUUCUCUGGAUGAAAUCCCAAGUAUUAAUAAUAGCGGCACUCAAAAUGGUCGUCACGAAACCAAUAUCAUUUCAAGCAAUAGCGACACGAAGCACGUCGCCAAAUCCACAGCAACUGUUACAUCUCAACCGGACAAUCAAAAUCUUGAAUAA